AUGAAACUCACCCUGAACCUGCUGCGAUGGAUCCCUUGUUUCGGUUCUACAAAGGUUCUGGAAGACUCCUGCAGCCUGGGUUACCCAGAGACCAAGACUGGCUACUCGCCAGAUCAAGGUACAACGAAACGAACGGCACCGCUCGUCGAAGUUGACAGCACAGAUGACGAGCUGGAUCAAAUCGCUCAGAAGGAUGAGUUGGAGAGCGAGGAGGAGAGACUGCCUGAAGAGCAAGUGCAGGCUCCAAGGAUGGGAGAAGGAGCCUGCGACCUCGUGGCCGGCAUGUUUCCUGCUGAGGAGCAGGCCAGUGCUCCCUGCAGUGACAGCGAUAAGAUAGCGCAGCUGGAGGCAGAAUUGGUGGCAGCAAAGCAAAAUUCUGCAGACAAGGCAGAAGAAAAUGCCGAGUUGCGUACUCAGGUGUCCACAGCAGAAGCAGACAAUGUCAGGCUGGCAGGCUACAUGGCCGACCUGUCAGCAGCGCUGGAGGACAAGGAUGCAGCCAGGAAACUGGCGGAGAGCCGCAGCGUGGAUCUGCAGCAGAAGCUGACUGCUGCGGAAAGGGAGAUCAGCCAGCUGAAAGCCACCCUGCCAGCACAGGCCCAGCGCAUGUCACCAGAGGCGAUGCUCAUCUCUGCAGUGAAGAAGUCCUCUGUGCCGACUCCCGCCCACCUGAAGAGGAUCAAGGACCUGGAGCAAGAGCUGCGCCGCCAGGCUGAGAAGGCAGAGGCAACGCUGGAAGCAACAGAGAAGGAGCUGCAGCAGGCCAAGAGAAUUUUCCACAUGCCACCGGGCACAAUUGUCAGCUUCCCAGAGGACGGGAGUGAGCUCGGCAGCGGCGGGAUGGGGUCGGUGUCAGCCGUCACCGUUGGGUUCGCGGCAGCUGCCAAGGUCCCCCACGAUGACAAGGCGUGGGAGGACCUGUGCAACGAGGCCGACGCGUACACCGCCAUCGGGCCCUGUGACAACAUCGCGCAGCCCAUCGCGUGGGCGUACGUGCCGGACUUAGACAUGGAUGUUCUCCUGAUGGAGCUGGCAGCAGGCAGCCUGCACGACCUGCUCAUCGAUGAGUCCCCGCUGGAGAGGAAGGUGCUGCUCUCCGUCCUGUGGCAGGUGCUGGCGGCAGUGAAGCAGGUGCACGGAGCCAAAUGGCUGCACCGUGACAUCAAGCCCGCCAACUUCCUUUACUUCCUUGACGGCACCAUCAAGCUGGCAGACUUCGGCUGCGCCGCCAAGUUCAACUCGCGCUCGCUCGCCCGCUUCAUGGGCACCUCCGGGUUCAUGACCCCGGCGUCGAUGAUGGGCGAGGCCAGGGGGAGCAAACUCGAUGACAUCCGCGCGCUGACCGCCACGAUGUACCACCUGCUGACGGGGCGCGACCUGUACGAUGACCUGGCGGCGCAGUACGAUGGCCUGGACGCCAGCGUGAAGGCUGAGCUGGAGGAGUACGUGCGCGCCAAGGAGAUCUGCUCCGAACUGCACAAGGGCCUCUUUGUGGCGGCGGCUGAGUUCAAGGAGUACAUCGCCCUUAAACAGGUGGUGCCUCUGCUGGAGAACAUUCCGCAGAAGCUGCUGGAAGUCGUCCUCAAGGGCAUCACAGAGCCCGAGAGCAUCUCCCUCGCAGCGAUCGAGGCAGCUCUGGAGGAGGCUCAAGAGGCCUGGGCGGACGACGCCUCCUGCAUCGAAGAGCCCGGCUGCUCAGACCGCGGCGCAGAAGAGGCGGCUGAGGGCAAGCUGGGCUCCUGCGGGGACGCCGAAAUCAUCUUCGGGGAUGACGGCGCUCGCUGCGAGGACGACGCCGCCGCCGACAUCAUCCUGUUCGAUGACACAGACGACUGCACCCCGGCAACCUGCUCUGCCAAGGAAGGAUCCUCGGGACAGGAGGACACCUGCUCUGUGGUUGAGGACCCAUACCGUCGGUACUAUGAGUGA